AGUGAAAGUAAAUAAAAGCCCUUCAGAUCACAGCAUACACUGAAGAGGCACGGUGGCAUAAGAAGUGCCUUACUUAUUCAAAGUUUUUAAGGUUCAGAAUCGGAGGUAAAAUGGAUGAAUACCAACAUCCGUUGUUCUUUGAAGCGAAAGAUCUGACAGACAAAGAGAAAGAGAAAAUCUGGAGGCACUUUCAGAAAAAACGAAAUUCUGGGGGAGGUGAUUGUGGAAUGAUUGAAAAGGCUGGCGACAACACCUAUAAAAUCUGUUUCAGGGUCAAAGAAGAGCAGGAAAGGGUUUUGCAGAGGAAGUUUCACACUAUCUCACUUCCUGGUGGAGAAAUGCGUCUGACUGUGAGCCGAACCAAUUCACCACAGACCCUUGAUCAGCCAUCCACGAGUCAAUCACAGACAUUCACAAAAGCAAACAAAAAAGGCCUUGAGAAGAUUUUCCAGCUAGAAGUUUUCCUCCUGUAUUUCCUGAGAGACAACCCAAGAGCAAGUAAAAUCUUACAGAAGCAACUCUCUUCUAUUGGCUGCACGGUGGAGUUGGAUUUUGAUGAGGAGGAGGCAGUGGUUAGGGGGGAUAUUGAGAAAGGGCCUGGAGGAGCCUAUGCUGCUGCAGAGACAUGGGAGAUGCAAGUGGAUCGGGUCUUCAUUUGUCUCACUGAGAGCUACUGCUGCUAUCAUGUGAUGGAGCCAAAAAUAGCCCAUAUCAUACGGCAGGACGUCGCCUUUGUGACCGACGAUAUCAAAGUGUACAAAGACAGUGGUUAUGUCGUGGUUGUGGGAGAAGUUGAGGCUGUAAAUGAGAAGAUUGCAAAACUGGAAAAGAGCCUGCCAACCCGGAAGGAAAUACCAAUUGUGGAGAAGCAGUUCAAACUGGUAGAAGAAGAGUUAAGUCGAGAAAUGCGAGCACAUUACCCAGAAGUUAAAAUCCUCAUAAGCAGCGUCUUGAUCACCUUGGAAGGCCCUGACAAGGAGGUGCAGUCAGUGGCUACGAAAAUUGAUGAACUAAUCACAAAGGUAAAGGAAAAGAGAGUUAAGCUCUGCACAGCUUUAAUGAACUUCCUAACAUCCAGCGGUGCCGUCUCCAAGUACCAGACUCGCUUCCAGCAGAGCCUCAGAAAUCCUGUCUCCCUAGAGGUAGGGUCAGAAUUGGUCCUGUCCAGUUUGUCCCCCGAGGCCCUGGAUGAGGCUGAGGCGGCGGUGCAGAGAGACCUCGCUGUGGCCAAUGUGCCAUUACAGGGAGCUUCAGCUGUACCUCCAGAUCUAGACAGAGUGAAGGAGAUCCUCGACAAAGCCAAGAAGGAGGCAAACUCUCGGGAGUUCAGAGUGGACGUCAGCUUCAUCCCAGGACCCAGUGGAACCGCAACCACCAAAGUGCGACUGGUGGGCUAUAGUGAAAAUGUGAACAAGCUCAAAGAGGUUCUGCAUGACUACCAGAUGAACCAGGUCGGGACACAAGAAGUGCUGAACCUACCGCAUCCUGAACUGAUUGACUGUUUUGAUCAAAUCGUAGACAUGAUUGGCAUGAAGAAGACCAAGGUGACCUUACAAGCCUCGCAUUUCCCAUACCCUUGUGUGCUUGUGUCCGGUCCCCGUUGUCUGGUCAAAGAGGCCCACCAGGCCCUGAUGUCAACUUUAGCCAGUCUGACGUCCGACAAGUUGGUUCUAAAUGGUCCGGGGGCUCAGCGGUACUUCCAAGCAGAGGGUAAAGUGGGCAAGGAGCUGGUAGAGAGCUCCUGUCAGGUUCUUAUCAGGGAACAGCAAAGUGUGCAGUCCCCAAAUGUGACAACUAAACCACGAAGCGUCAUCAGCCCCAUCCCCAGCAGCCUCGCACCCCGACCCGUCCCCAAAUUGCGCCGAAACACUGUUGGAAGCAUGGCGGCUAACAAGACCAGUCUGGAGAUCAGGCUUGGCAGUUUGGUGGAUGAGCAGGUGAAUGUGUUGGUGGUCCCCAUGCUCAACAGGCAGUUAACUUCUACUAAUAUUGGUAAAUGCCUGUUGAAAAAAGCCGGAAAUGCAAUCAAGUCAAAGUUUGACUCCGUGGCAGCAAAUUGUACCGUCGCCCCCGGUGAUGUUCUGCAGGUUGAUGCGCCGCCAUCUUUGGGCUGCUCUAAGCUCUUCUUCAUUGAGUGCUUGCCGUGGGAUGGAGUCAGAGGGAAGAGUGUGCAGGCGCUUGGUAACGGGCUGAAAAAGUGUUUGGACCUUUGUGUACAGCAAGGCUUGUGCUCAGUGGCCUUCCCAAUUAUCGGACCUGGAAUUGUUCUAAAAUACCCGCUGAGAGAAGCCACUCAAGUGCUGACUGAGACAAUUGGCCAGUUUGGAUUAUCUGCAUCCUCUGGGUCUCUCUCCACCAUCCACAUCGUCAUUAAACCAGACUACCCCGACUCUGUGGAGUGCUACCAUGAGAUCUACAGGCACCUCAGCUUAAAUGUGAACCAGGGAGGCCAAGCCAUCUUCAGGUCCCUCACCAGUGACCUAGAUGAUGUCACAAUGACAGUGGGAGCCGGGGUUAAACUACAGCUGGUGUUCGGUGACAUCACUAACGAGACUACAGACGCCGUGGUGAACACGACCGACUUCGUUAAUUUUCAGAAUGAUGGUGUGUGCAAAGACAUCUUAACCAUAGCUGGACCAGAGGUGGAGGCUGAACUUAGAGCAGCAAAAGAGAACCGAGGAGACAUUUUUGUAUCCCAGUCUGGACGGUUCCCCUGUGAAGCCAUUUUACACAUCUGUGGGGAACAGGAUGCAGCCAUCAUCGAACAACGGGUGUGUCGCAUUGUUGAAUAUUGUGAAACGUUUGGGUUCAAGUCUGUCGCCAUUCCUGCCAUCUGUGCUGGAGUCGGUGGGUUGGACGCUGGUGUCGUGGCAGGUGCCAUCCUCCGAGGGGUCGAGGCUGCCAUGUCGUCCACUCCUCCUUACUGUCUCACUGACAUCCGCCUCGUCCUGAUCAAGAUCGAUGUCUUCUUGGCCUUUAAAGAGGAAGCUAUGCAAAUGUUCUCCAUUGCUGCAAUCAAGAGAGUAUCUCAGUUGCCUCAUGUACAACAACAACAACAGCCCCCUUCGUCUGUGAGCGCAGAUCUAAGCAUCCUCAGAACCAGCUCCACAAGCCAGCAGUCCGUCUUCCUGUUCGUGGGUGUCGCCAGAAAGGACGUUGACGACGCCAUGACAAAGCUGAAGGAUCUGUACCAGGCUCAGUGCUCCACUCAAACCUUUAAAAAGGAGGAGCUGGAAUGCCUCACCCAGGACGACGUGAAGGACCUGGAGCAGCUGGUGAAGACCGAGGGUCUGUACAUGCAGAAGGUCCAGGGAGACUUAACAGUGAGCGGGUUAAAAGACGGGGUCAACCAGGUGAUGCAGAUGAUCAACGCCUCCCAGUACGGCUCCCUCAGGAGAGAGGUAAGAUUCAGGGAUGAGGAGGAUCUGUACACCCGUGUGGCUUGGUGCAUCCUGGGACAUAACGGCAACUGGGAGAGACUACCGAAACUGGCCAAUCACGACCUGGAAAACAAAGAUGUAGCUGGAGGGAUAGUGGACGCGCAGGGUGUCCGGUGGAUUGUGGAUCUACAGAGGAUGGAGGCAACACGAUUAUCUGGGCCGAUGGCAAAGCUGAAACGACUUGAGCAUCUCUCAGAUUUCACUCUCCCUCUGUACUGGGACAACAUGGCAGCCGGUGAAGCUUCGAAGCUGGUUGCACUGCAGCCGUCCUCCGCAGAGUACCGGACAGUGAAGGAGGCCUUCAAAAGAACCGUCCGCAAGACUGUAAUGAAGAUCGAGCGCUUGCAGAACGUCCAUCUGCGACGCGCCUACGAAGCGCAGAAGAAGCAAAUCUCUGAUAAGAACAAACAGCAUGGUGGAGCCGGUGAAAAGCUUCUGUACCACGGGACGACCCAGGACAACUGUGACUCCAUCAUGAAAACUGGCUUCAACAGGCGCUUUUCUGGGCAGAACGCAACUGUACUUGGUCACGGAACCUACUUUGCCGUAAACGCCAACUACUCUGCCCAACCCACCUACUCCAAGCCGGCCGCUGAUGGUUCCCAGUUAAUGUUUGUGGCCCGAGUCCUGACCGGCAUCUAUACUCUGGGUCAAAGCGACAUGAGGGUUCCCCCACCUCGCAAUGACCAGCAGACCCACGACCGCUACGACAGCGUGGUGGACAAAGUGGACAAUCCCACCAUGUACGUUGUGUUCCAUGAUAACCAAGCCUACCCAGACUACCUCAUCACCUUCAAGUGACCAUGAGGGGGAAAUGAUGAAUUUUCCAUUGUGCAAGUUAUAUAAAUAUACAGAAAAUGUUCUAGUAAGUAAAGGUAAAGAAAAAAGUAAAAGAUAAGCUUUAGAUUCUUAGACAGCUAUAUUUUUCGGGUAUAUUUAAUUAGAGUUACAGCUAUAAAGUAUAUGUAUAUGUCUUUAGUAUUUAAUGUUUAAGUGAAAGAUCUCAGGAUUAUUCCCCAGUUUACAUCAAAAUGUUUCUGCGCUGCAACUUAACUUUACCUGCAGGGUUAUUCUUCCAGCAAUGAGGAUGAUUUACUGUU